UUUUUUUGAUUUGUUAACUAAUUCAUAAUAGAAUAUGUAAAUUCAAAACAAUAUUAAAUAUGCUUAAAAAGGUAUUGUAUACGUAUGUGGUAAUUAUACUAUUACAACAGAUAUGUUCUAACGGUUCUGUUGAUUUGAUAAUUGAACAGCGUAAAGAAAUCGAAAAACUACGCGCCGAAAUAACUGAUGCUUUCGAAAAUUAUGAAGAAAAAUCCAUAAGUGAAAAGGGUGUAAUUGUGCAACCGGGUUGGACUGAAUCAAUUAAACCUCAUUUCAAAGCAAUUUCUAAUGUGCAAGUGACAAACACAUCAUUGGUUGAAGUAGAGAUAUUGCGUUCGGAAAUCAACAAAGCAAUUGAGCAAGAUACUUACGCAGCAGGCAUAGCGCGAACUUCGGCUGGCAAUACGAAGCAUGUAAAAAUUUUGGAUCUAAAAUUUAAUAGUCCGGAUUCGAAUAAAAGUUCUGCUUCGAAACAUAAUGUUGAGAACGAAAAUUUUGUAAACUCUAAAAAUACAGAAAAGGACGGUUUGGUACAAAUUAAUAAUGGUAAUGCAAAUACCAUGCCAAAUGUCGUUAAUUCGAAUGCUUAUCUAGAACCCGAUAUCGAUAUCCGCAAAUUACAGCACUUACAAAUUUCUAAACGUCGCACACGGGAAGUAUUAAUAUUGAAAUUUAUUGAGGAGGACUUGAAUUUUUUUUUAGGAAGUGAUGUUGAAGAAUGGGCGUACAUACUGAAUAGCGAAAAAGAAUAUUUUAUCGGCAGGCGUAUAACCGAUUUAUUAAUCAUACGUAGAGACUCACCCACCCAUCAAUCAAGAGAGAUACUAUAUGUAAAUCAACCGAUCUCUUAUUUGAAAACAUUUUUAUUUUGGAAUUUGGAACAACAAAAGCAGGAUGGCAUUUUUAUAGUUGCUACAGAAAACAAGAUCCUUUGGUACCUUAUUAAUAAUGACACAGGAAAAAUUGAACUGCAUUGGGAAUGGACAAUAAGUUCAAUUAUUAAUGGCCUUACUUACUUUUCUACAGAAUCAAACCAUUAUUUAGCAAUUUCAUUCAACGAAUCAUAUCGGUUAGAAUCCUAUACCCUCAAUAUUUAUCAGUUUGAAUUACAAGACAAAGAGUUUUGGAUCGUUCAACGUAUUCAGUUACAGGUUCCAUGCAGAGAUGUUUCUAUAUUAGAUACCGGACGUGAUAUUAUAUUGGCUGUUGCACAAAAUAGUUCCGCUAUAAUUUACAUGUUUAAUCCACAUAAAAAUGGUAACAAGCAGAUACGUUUUCAAAUGCGACAUAGCAUAGUAUCGGAAAAUGUGGACGUUGUUAUAUUAUUUCAAAUGGGUGGGCGAUACUACGUAGCAAUUGGUGGCGAACAGCCCAAAAUUUUGCUCUAUCAAAGCGGAACAUUUAUACCAAAAACAGUUCUUGGCAGUAACUUUGGGCUCGUUGAAAAUUUCUUGCCUAUCCCGGCACGAACAUAUCGCGAUGAUUUAAUAUUGUUAGUGCAACAUCGAGUCGAUUUUGGAUCCCAUGAUAUUGUUAUUUUAGAGACUCUUAUAUGGGACGGUGAAGCUUUUGAAACAACUAUACCAAUUCCAUGUCACAUUGGUGAUAACAUUAUAUACGGAAUUAAUUGCAUGUUAGAUACACAAAGAGAUGCAGGCUUAAAGGGUGCAGUACCAUUCAAACGCGGAAGCGAAAUCUCUGUAAUUGUACCCCGUCAUAAUGCAGAAUCCGGGAUAUUCCAUUUAUAUUUUGAUUUGCUACUUAAAAAUUCGGAAUUGCUUGAUCUACAAGACAUUUUUAAUUUCUUGAAAGACUGGGUCAAAGAACAAGAAGACCAUAUGGGGAAAGUGCAAGAGUUUCUAAAAUUACCUGUACAACAAAUAUUAAAACAUGCGGAAGAAACUGCUUAUAUAGAUCAUCUAACAACAUCAGAGCUUUAUUUCAAUGGUAUUGUCAACGAAAUAUAUGUAAGUAACUACAAAUGGAGAGAUGACGACACUGCUACUAAUUUAGAUAUUAUAAUAAAUACCAUAGAGGAGCUAGAAAAUAUUAUAAGUGGAGGAAGAAAAAAACGAGAAGCACAUUUAUCUAGUGAUUACUAUGGCAUCUUAAAUGUGGAGAAUCUGGAAUCUGAAACUUUAUUCGUGAAAACUACAAAAAAUGACGAAUUUUAUGUGCAGAAGGGUUUUUUGAAGGUCAAUGGAGUUCUCAGGUUAAAUAGUACAGAAGUUUUGAAAAAUGUUAUUAUUCGGCAAAAUAGAAAAAUAUUAGAGAAUUUCUUCAGUGUAGAAGGUAGUAUUGUAUUUACUGAAAUAAACAACAUACUUUGGAAUAAUAUAAAAAAAAAAUUAUUUUUCUAUACUGAUUAUGUGAAAAUACAAUUUGUGGAAGUUGAAGAGAAUAUAAUUUUGGAGGACGGCUUUGCUGUUGAGAUGCUCAAUUCAAUUAAUUUUCCAAAUGAGUAUCUUUGGUCUAGUGGUCCCACCACAUGUGUAAUAAGAGGGAAAAUAGUAUUUACACAAACAUUGAUUGCAGAUGCAAUAGAUAGUGAUGGUGUUAUUAAUGGUAUGGAUGUUUUCGAUGCUAUAACUAUCACUGAUCCUCAGUUUUGGAGAGGAUUUCCUACAUUUACUUUGUUAGAAGUACCAGAAAAACUGAAGCUUGUUGGUUCUGCCUGUGGACAUGGUCUCGAAUUAUUUCAUAAAAAUCCGAGCUUGAUGUACGACAAAAUCAUAGUAGCUAGCUGCAAUUUUGAACACUUGAAAGUCAAUGGUAAUAUUUAUUUGGUAGGCAGUUUUGGUGGAUAUUUCAGUACAGUUUUAAUGAAUAUAGUGCAACCAUCAUAUUCUGCAGCAGACGAAAUUCAAAUGGCGUAUACAAAAAUAUUUUCAAAUAUUGAAUUUCCAAUUAACUUUCAGAUCAAUUUUAAUACAAUUAGUGAGAUACCUGUGAGUCAGUUUAUUACAAUGAAUACCGCACAAAGUAUAAAUCUUUCAGUAUUAGAACAUUACGUAUAUUUCGAAGAGGUCAAAUUAGCAGGAUUGUAUAAUGAAAUUGAUAUUAAAAGACUAUUCAAUAACAGAGUUAAAGUAAACAGCCAACAAAAUAUACCGGAAAUGCAGUUUAAUCUUGCACAUUCCUUAAUUGUUCAGAAUAUAAACAUUUCGAGCAGUUUAAAUGAUGUAUUUGUUGAAAGAUACCAAACGUUUAAAAAGAAUUUUCAUGUGGAUAUAGUUUUUCUGACCGUAUUGCAAACAGAUAUUUUGAAUUUUCAACGACACAUAUAUGGAAAUGCAAUUUUAAAUGGUAUAGAGUUGCAAGAUUUCCUGAAUCAUAAUAAAACUAUUAAUUUAAGUAAUAUGUUCCUAAAUGAAUUAAUACUAAAUGGCACGGUAAAUACAGAUCAACUACAUCGCAUUCAUGAAUACUAUUUUUUUAAUUUUCUAAAUCGAAUUCACGAACUACCCGGAAUGAUCCUAAAUGGUAAAAUUCAAGUUGAACACUUCAUAGCUACUGGAGAUAUACAGCUUAGUAGACUCAAUGGUCGCAAAUUUGAUGAAGAAUUUCAAUUAACAGUAAUAUGGUUAAACCGAUCAAAUCAUUUGGGUAGCUACUUAUAUUUUUUUGAGCCUAUUCCGAUCCAGAUUGAUUUAUCGAUUUUGGAAAGAUUUAAUACAUAUAAUUUCUUCAAUUUACUGAAUGAUAUAAUUUUUUGCGCAUCUGACCGAACGACAAUAAUACUGCCACAUGAGAGUUUUCAAUACAACGUAUAUGUGUAUGAUAAUUCAAAAUUAGAUGCUAUUAAGGGAUUACAAGUUCAGUUAAUUAUAACUAAGGAAAGUGUGAAAAAAUUUUAUGGAACUUUGGACAUACAUGGCAAUUUAUUUACACAGAGCUUUAAAACGAAAAAAAUAAUGAAUAUAUAUCCGAUCUUAGAUAUGAGCAAAUUGAUUCAUUAUAAUAAGGAAUGGAAAUAUUUUGAAUUAGUAGGAGAUACUGCAUUUUAUCAGCAAAUAAAUCUCAAUGAUUUCAAUGUAUCUGAAUAUUUUGGAGGUUUAAAUAGAUUGUAUGGAUUCUUUAAAGAAUUUUUGUUAAAAAAUAAUAUUUAUGACUUGAAAGGUAAAAAUACUUUUAUUGGUAAAGUCACAAUAAACGACGGGAUUUUUAUAGAUACUUUUAAUGAAUACAAUCUAGAGAAUACACUAAACAAUAUUGCAUUUAUACACGAUUUAUCGACUGUACUUUUAAAGUGCAACGUUGCUUUUCACGCAAGUGUUUCCGUACGUUCUGUCGCUGUAUCUCAUGAUCUGAAUACUACAAUUUUACGCGAUUGUUCAUUGAAGGAAUGGUUACUUGAAAUAUUGCUAGUUGAUCGAUUUCAAAACAUUAAUCGGUUGACAUUUAAGGCAGGUGUCUUGGACAACAAUUCAUUUAAUGUACAUUUUUUGAAUAAUACCAAUUUAUCAAACAUGAUAUAUAUAUAUUUGGAACAAUAUUUAGCUAUACCGGUUUACUUGUCAACAAUUCAGUUAAGGCAUCGAGUUAUUACUAAGGGAUUGGUUAAUAAUCUAAACUUAUUGAAGGAGCGUAAUGUUAUAAUAUUUGUUAUUUAAUUGAAAUUGUAAAUAUAAUCAUAAUUAGCUUUGUUUAUUAUAUAGUUACCAUUGUGGUUUUGUGAUGUAACAAAUUAAAAGUUUUUUUUGCUUAUGUACUGCUAGAAAUAUCUUGAUUUAUCAACAUUAUUAUAAGGGACACAUUAUUAAUAAAAACAUUGGUAACAUUUUUAAGUAUAAGAAAAAAAUUAUACAUAUUUAUUUGAAUUGAUUAAAUUGAAUUACUACAUUUAACAGUAACUACUUUUCAUUACAUUCAUCGAUAUUAUAUAAAUUUGAAAAACAUAAUUAUUCGGCUGAUGCUUAUAGCUGUUCAUAUAAGACAUCAGCCGCGAGAUGUGAUGAUAGGUGCAUUCUUUAAACACAAAUGUUCCAAUAUAACAUGUGUUGCUUAAAGAUUAACAUGACAAGCAAAAACAAAAUUCACAAAAACAAGCCCACUGUUCUGAAAUUGCUUAACGAAUAAGUCACUUGCAUUACAAUGGUGUCAAAUUUUAAAACUGAUCUAUUGUGAAUAAUUUUUGGAAAAAAAUGAAAAA